CUCCGUCUGUCUACCCGUCGCCAUUUUCGCGACGAGACACUUAAGAGACAGAAGUGUUUGUCGUCAACAAGAAAAUCGUCGUUUGACGGCGGGAAGGGGCUCCUCGCUCCUUGAGGCUCAUUUUUGGUUAAUCCACCAACGCUAUUUAUCCAAGUGUUAAGUAAUACCGCCUGAAGGUAUUCCUUUAUUUCCCCGUGAAGAUUGAAACAUGGCUUGCUAAAAAUGUCGUCUGUGAAGUCGAGUACCGUUUCUCCAUGCGGAGAGGUGUUCUCCCCCGUGUUUGCUGUAGAUGUUAGAAGAAAUUAUAAUGGAAAAGAAACCUGUACGUUCAGUUCAGCCCCUUGGCAAGGGGCCGGGAACUGACACAAAAAAAGGCCAAGAUGGAGCUGGAGGAAAGACUUUCCCCCGCUCUUCCAGAAGAAGGGAGACACCAGGAGCGAGUGCUCCCAAAUAUGACCCGGUUCGGAAACCAACAACACAGAAAGGAAAAGCUUUUGACAAGAGACCUCGACCUCGUGGCCCUUUUAUGGAGGGUCGAAAGGAGGGUCCCCAGGUAGCAUUGGAGGAUGCUGAGUAUGGCUCCGUCAUAUCUCAAGGAAGCAAGAAGCAGAAUUUAAACCACCUAUUAAACUUUCAUUAUGCGCCAAGGGAGGGUAGCAGCCACCAACACUGGCGCCAUCAAAGCAGUGGUCAUGGUUCGGGCUUAGCACGUUUCUUUCGAGGCACUCCUCACAAGUACAACAAGGAGCAGUUCUUGCAGGCCAAUUGUCAAUUUGCAGUGAAGGCAGAUGGAGAUUACCGCCAAUACCUUUGUAAUCCAGAUCAGCUUGUUGAUUGGGACCUUGUGGAACAAAUUCGAGUAAUGAGCCCUGAAGAGACCAGUUGUCCUAUUUGUCUGUACCCACCAGUUGCAGGUAAAAUGACUCGUUGUGGUCACAUAUUUUGCUGGUCCUGCAUUUUGCACUAUUUGGCUCUCUCUGACAAAACCUGGCGUAAAUGUCCUAUCUGUUAUGAAUCUGUGCAUAAACGGGAUUUGAAGAGUGUUCAGGCUUUGAAACCUACAUCCUUUACUGUUGGUGGUGAAAUUACACUACGCCUGAUGCGUCGAGAAAGAGGGUCUUUAGAAGCUGUCCCUGUUGAACAGUGGGACAUGCGCCCGCCUGUUUCUUUGUUGUCUGUGUCUGAAACAGCUGUUGACACUGUCUAUGCCAAACUGCUCUUGGCUGAUUCAUUUGAUGUGCUGAAAAUAAUGGAAGAUGAAAAAACUGCUCUCAAGGAGCAGAUACGUAUUGACAAUGACAGCCCAGAAGUGUGCUUUGUAGAACAAGCUAUGGAGAUGUUGCUUGAGCGAGAAGCUUUGGUCAAGGGUGUGAAAGGAGUGCAGCCUGCUGCCGCCCCUGUAGACACAGAGGAACAAAAGCAUGAUACUCCAAAGGACCAUUUGCCGGAUGCAGAAACUGGAGGCGCUGAUGACACCACCAAUUCUGAGCUACACGAUAGUUGCAGUGGUCUAAAGGAUGGCUUGGACUCCAAGUCUGUUAGACCUCGUCUGGAAAGCACAGGUAGUGAGGACAAUGGAACUACUAUAACAGCUGAAGAUCUUGAACAUAGUAGUCUGCAACAGCCUCAGAAGCACUUCUACUUUUAUCAGGCUGCGGAUGGACAGCACAUCUAUCUACAUGCUAUCAAUGCUCGUAUGCUGGAGAUGGCCUAUGGAUCUCUUGACAAGUGCCCCCUUACGAUAUCUGGGCGUAUUGUAGAAAAGGAAAUGGGAUCAAUGACGGAGGAUUUGAGGAAGCGUCUUCGUUACAUGCAACACCUUCCUGUCACUUGCCAGUUUGAAGUUGUGGAGUUGUCUCUCGACUGCUCUAUCAUUCCGCCUGAUAUACUUGAGAUCUUCCAAGAGCAGAUUGAUUCCCGUCGAAGGCGACGACAGAAAAGAGCACGAGAAGAGAUGCGACGUGAGAAGAAGAUUAAUGACGAAGAGAACAAACGCCUGGGUAGAUACCCAACACCUCAUAUUCGGAUUGCUUCUCACCACCACUUCCCUAUCUGUGGAAAUGAAUCUUCUCCCCCUGUGGCAUCUGUUCCAAAAUCCCCAUCUGUUUCAAGUCUGGCAAGUAAUUCUACUCAAUCAUCUCUGAGCCUUUCUGUUGAGAACUUGACUUUAGAUCCUCCACCUGAAGAAAGAGAGCACUUUCCCAUGAUUGGGCAGGAAGCAUCCUCAUCUGCUGAAGAUGGACCAUCAUUUGCCCAGAUGCUACGCACUGGGAAGACCUCAUUUUCCAGCGGACCAGCAUGGGGUCGACGCCAAGCGUCGCAACCUCUGGCGCAUUCUUUGCUUAAUGUAACCAGCAGCCGACAGCGCACAGCCUCAGACAGUGAGCCAGAACCGGAAGGCUAUGUUCCAGCUCCAACAUUCAGCCAAAGUUUCAGUGAUGCAAUAGCUGUAGCUCUUGCUAAGUCUGAGAAGUCCUCUUGUGAGGCUUCUUCUGGGGGAGGCGGAGGAGGAGGUGGAAAAAAGAAGAAAAAGCAGAAACCCAAAGUGCUUUUUUCUACAUCUAUGGCUUGUUCAGGAAAAUAGAACAAGCUGCCUUACUAUGGCAGCUUUCACAUGUCCAUGUCUUUUUUGCUUUGUUAUUUCUGGUGGUGAACUUAAUUAUUUUACUGUCAUGCUUUAGGGGCCUUACAUUAGCUUAUCAAUAAAUAAAAUUUAGUGUCAAAAAAUUUUAGAAGAGAAGAAAAAAAUGAAAACUGUUGUUGACUUUAACAUAUUAAUCUCUCAAAUUUUACUCUGAGAUUUUGGUCUUGUGUUAAUUUUUCUUUUGUUUUAUCCUAAUUAGUUAUUUGAAGAAUGAUAUAAUCAACACAAAUUGCUGCUAGGCAUUGAAAGUUUUUAAGACAUUUCUUUGCAGUGAAUUUUGAUGUGUUCAUUUUGCAUCAAUGCAAUUUGUUGCUGAAACCAAUCAUAUCUGUAGGUGUACUUCAGCUCAUAAUUAAAGACUUUGUUGUGUAAGUUCACUUGUUGUGUGGUUUACAUUUGGGAGAUGCUGUAAUUAUCUGUGCUCAUAUGUGAUAAAAACGGUUGGCUUUAUUUAGGGAAGAGCAAAUGUUAGUUCAUUGAAAUUGAGUUGGUGGUUAAAUACAAUUUAGCUAUUGUAAUUAUUUCUCCUUUCAGAAUGCCAAUGACUUUUGUCUUUUUGUUACCGCAUAAUGAAAAUUGUUUUUGCCAUUGAUUGAUUUUGUUUGUGUAGAUGAAUGUGUGACAUGGUAUGUGAUUGUGAUGUAAUUUGCUGGGAUGCCUCGGACCCAGAAUUCAAUCUCAAAGAAAGAGCUGUUGAUAAAAAACAUCAUAAUUAAAAACAUCUUAAUAAAAUGAAGUACCUAAUACGUACUGCCAAAGAAA